AUGGCGACAGCGAUACGGGCGCCGCAAUUGCUGGCGCGUGCGAAGGCAUGGGACAGCUUGGGCAAUGGGGCGCUGUUCACUACAAGAAUAUGCAGAGCAUCGAUCAGCGCAGGACGAGAUGGAGCAAAUGCGCAGGACAUACGGCGAACAUCUGCGCCCUUUCAGGGGGAGGCGGGGGCGCAAAGGAGAUGCUUGUCUACAUCACGGCCACCGAACACACGGCCGACCGGGGUUGGUUUGACGACAGCAGGAAUACAGCAGCAGCUAGCAGGCGCGAGACGAGUGCUACAGACAUCUUCACCGGCGAAGCAAGAAGCUGGUGCGCUGGCAAAAGAGAAUUCGGGGAAGGCCUACCGCGACGAGGUCUCGAAGCUCGAGGACCCAGCGGACGAAGACCUAGACGAAGACCACCAGAGCUUCAAGCGGAGUGAGCGCGCCGCGCAAGCCUCGCAGCUCAAUCUCUCUGCGCGCCUAUCGAGCGAGGGCAAGACCCAGGGUGGGCUCGGUGAGGUUUGGCGGCUGGUCAAAAUCGCAAGCCCAGAGGUCAAGACGUUGAGUAUAGCAUUCGCCUUCCUAUUGGUCGGAAGCAGUGUGACAGCUCUACUUCCGUUCUCCAUCGGAAAGAUCAUGGAUGCUGCGUCCCAGGAGACCGGAGGCAUACUCGGCUUCUCGCAGAACCAGUUCUUCAUCGGCCUGGGCUCGAUUCUGGCAGUGGGCGCCUGCGCAAACUACGGUCGCAUUUUGUUGUUGCGGAUCACCGGCGAGCGCAUUGUGACGAAGCUGCGGAGUUCGCUGUACCGGAAGACGUUCAUUCAAAACGCCGAGUUCUUCGAUGCCAACCGUGUCGGUGACCUGAUCAGCCGGCUUGGGAGCGACACCAUCAUCGUUGGCAAGAGUAUCACGGUCAACAUGAGCGAUGGGCUGCGCUCGCUCGUCUCAGCUACAGCCGGGCUGACCAUGAUGGCUUGGACAUCCGUCAAGUUGACUGGUGUACUGGCCAUCUUCCUUCCGCCAGUCGCCCUGGGAGCUUUCUUCUACGGCCGCGCGAUUCGUAAUCUGAGUCGUCGACAACAGAAGAACCUUGGAACACUGACGAAGAUCGCUGAAGAACGACUGGGCAAUGUGCGCACCUCGCAGUCGUUCGCUGGCGAGCUGCAGGAAGUGCACAGGUAUAACAGCCAGACGCGCAAGAUCUUUGGUCUUGGACGCAAAGAAGCGUUUCUUGCUUCCGCCUUCUUCUCAGCUUCUGGAUUCAUGGGCAACAUGACCUUUCUCGCUCUCCUCUACGUCGGUGGUGGGAUGGUGAGGAGUGGCGCGAUCACUGUCGGCGACAUGACAUCCUUUCUUAUGUACGCCGGCUUCGCGGGGUCCAGUCUUUUCGGUCUGAGCAGCUUCUACUCCGAGCUGAUGAAAGGUGUGGGCGCGGCAUCACGACUAUUCGAGCUGCAAGACCGCAAUCCCACAAUCUCACCCACAUCAGGUGAUGCCAUCAGAAGUGCAAGAGGCGCCAUAGAGUUCAAGGACGUCUCGUUCGCCUACCCUACUCGGCCAGCGGUGAACAUCUUCAAGAACCUGAACUUCCGCAUCGAACAGGGCAGCAACGUGGCCAUCGUCGCUCCCAGUGGAGCCGGCAAGUCGACCGUUGCGAGCUUGCUGCUGAGAUUCUACAUCCCGACCGAAGGCACGAUUACGAUUGCGGGUAAAGACAUUACCAAGAUCAAUGCCAAGCAGCUUCGACGAAAGAUUGGGUAUGUUGGGCAGGAGCCGGUGUUGUUCAGCGGGACUAUCGCAGAGAACAUUGCGUAUGGGCGACCGACGGCGACGAGGGGCGAGAUCACUGCUGCGGCGAGGAGGGCGAACUGUGGGUUCAUCAGUGACUUUCCCGACGGCCUCGAAACCUUCGCCGGCGCCCGCGGCACCCAGCUCUCCGGCGGUCAAAAACAACGCAUUGCCAUCGCGCGCGCCCUGCUCAAAGAGCCGGACAUCCUGAUCUUGGACGAAGCCACUUCUGCGCUCGAUGCCGAAUCCGAGACGCUCGUCAACCAGGCACUAUCGCGCAUGUUGUCCAGCAACAACACGACGAUCAGUAUCGCGCAUCGUCUAAGCACUAUCCAGAGAAGUGACGUGAUUAUCGUGCUCGGGUCAGAUGGAACCGUGGCGCAGACGGGGAGCUAUCGAGAACUGAGUCAAGAUAAGGAUGGUGCGUUUGCGAAGUUGAUGGAAUGGCAGAUGAGCGGUGGGAGUGCGGCUGCUUUGGCCGCGCCGGAAGAGCCUGUGCCGGUCCCUGAUGUGACGAAGGAAGACGUGGACGAGGAGCAGAGAAGUGUUGACGAUGUAGAUACGGAAGCGGUGGUGAGAGAUGGAGAGGGCGGCAAGAAGUAG